GUACUCAAUUUUCUGCUUGGUUGCUCCUCUAGAGAAGAUAUGUAGAGCUAUGUGGAGUAGAGCUGUAGAGUAGAGAAAGAGGAUUGGUUUUCUGAGUUCGUAGUUCUUCCCUUCUGCAACCGGUUCGAUGAGGCGUUUCUAGAGAUACAAAUGGGUCACCAUUAGGGUACCCUUUAAUCCUCUCUAGUUUGAACAGCUGAAUUGAUUUUCUAAAAAAAUUGAUGUGAUUUUGGAAUUUUAGUUUGUUUCAUUGAUUGAACCAAGUAGGGUAGUAGGAGUAGGAUACCCUAAUGGUGACCCAUUUGCAUUUUCUAAUGGCCGUUACUUCUCCUCCCGAUUAAUUGUACACACUAUCAGUUCUAAACUCGAUUUUCUUAAUUCACUGCACUAGGGCGUUUCCUCCCGGGUUUUCUGAAAACAACUAAUUUGGUGGUUCAUUGCUACAGUACAUCUGAGGUUCUCGUACGACCCAACAGACUGAUCCGCAAACAGUAAUACUUAUAUUGAAGGACUGCACGAGCGUUAAUGAGUUGCCAAUAAAUGAGCGUUAAUCUUUUUGCUAGCAACAUUUUAUGUUUUUUUUCCUGGUAAAAUAGUGGACCUAGCAACAGUAACAACAAGAAUGCCAUGAUGCCUUCUAGCAGCACACUUGUACUGAGCUAACCAUUCACUGAAGCCGUCUAGAAAAGCGAAACAAUAUGUUACACACGGUGACACUAGUUUUGAUGAACUUUUAAGGUGGGGGUGGAAAGGCGUCAGCUCUGAACCAUUGCAAAAUCAUGUCCCGGGCAUUGGUUUUUGGAGGACUGACCACUACUCAAUUGUUCUAUGAAAUUAACAAUAUGAUACAUUUAACUGGGUACUCCCUCCGUUCCAUAAUUCUUGUCUCAAAUUUACCCAAAAAUGGAUGUAUCUAUUCCUAAAAAACAUCUAGACACAUGUAAUAUUUCGAUGAGAACUAUGGAACGGAGGGAGUAGUAAGCAAUUGUGCGCCAACCAAUGUCUAGUAUACUAAUUAAGUAAACAACCCUGCAACCCUGGUGGCGUCCUAUGGCAUGUGCAAAUCUGAACACAUACAAGCAUCUCCUUGCCAGUGCCCCACCUUCCGUAGUUCAUAUUUUAGUUAGGCUAGUGUGGUUCAGAUUUGCCUUUAUAUGUGAGUGAGACAACUUUUCCUUUCACCUUUCUUUUGUUUAAUUAGUGGGAUUCUCUGAGCAAGCGGCUUUUUUAUAGUGGCAAUUGCCUUGCAUACUUCAUUGUGCCAGGUUUCGGUACCUUGUGCAACGUUAAGGUAGCUGUAUGUUCUUUUAUCCUGGAUGAAUAAAUUUGACGUGUUGAUUUCACUUAAUAGUGAUUAGCUAAAAACUGACAGUAAGGUUGCUGCAUGCAAUCGUUCAAGAGUUGGCUCCUUGGACUGCGAGCUUAAGCGUGCUGUCCUUUACUGUAAUAUAGCCUGUCUUAGUUAAGCUGAGCCAACUUUGGUAGUGUUCCAUUCGAGAAAAUUCUUACAUGAUGUGGUUUGCCAGACUAGUGUUAAUGUGCUAGAUUAAACUUGGUUUGUGGUAAGCAUGCUUUAGUGUUUCACUCAAGAAAGUUGUAUGUGAUAUGAUGUGCUCGUCUUGGAGACCAGUAUUGAUGAGCUUUAGCUUCCUUCUUGUACCCCCUUUCUCUGCUUUAUUGAUGACUUCUGUCUUUACAUCAUUACAUGUCGACCCUACAAUUAUUCCAGUUGUUUUUUACUUUAGGUUGUUUCAUUGUGUUACUUUUUAAUCUCAUGUUUGUGUUGCUUUUGAAUGGGCACCGUCCUUUCGAAGUAUAAUGCAUGUCCUGUAUGUUGGUUAGCUGCUAUUGAUUUGUUAAUCCCGUGAUUUGACAAUGCUUCGUGGUAAUAGGGAAUCAAACUCUUUAGUGAAUAAGAAGGCUCAUUAAAGUGCCUUGUUGAUAAGAUCCCUUAGAGGGAAAACAGGCAGGCUUCUCUCGUACAUAUUUUCUAAUGAUUCACACUGUCUGAUUUCCUUCACAUUAUUUGACCCUUUUUUUUGUUUGAGAAAAGCAGACUGCACUAGCUUGGAACAAGAGUUUAUAAAAUUAUCAGGCUUCGAUAGGAAUUUCCUUUAUCUUUUGAUAGUGCUUUGGCUUUUCAUGGCAUGACCACAUUAACCCCUUGUGAGGGCAAGGGUUGUGCUUCCUCAGUCCUUGAUAUGUCUUCCACAGCCCACAGGCACGAAGUGUCUAUACACAAGCACAUGGAACCAUGUUCCCUUCUAGGCUCAGCAGUUAGCUGGCGCAAACACAUACACACAUCUGAUGAGUUAUGACAUGUUAAAGGCACUUCGAGUUACCAGUGGCAAAGGUCGAGAACUGGAUUAUUGGGUUCAAUCCUUUGGACAACUGUGCAAUUUUUCACUAAUAAGCCAAGCAAAUACUCCCUCCGUCCUGAAAUAAGUGACGUGGAUUUGCAUAAGAAUCUAUACAAAUCCACGUCACUUAUUUUGGUACGAAGGGAGUAUUAGAUUAGUGAAGGAAUUAGCUAUGUCAUUGGGUUCAUUUGAACCCAUCGGUUCUAUACCAGCUCUGCCACUGAUUGAAUAUUGUUGUGACAUAAACAGGUGACGCUAUUUCUCAUUUAGUCACAUUGAUUGAGAGGUUAUGGGUUAUCUAAAUCUUAGAGGUUCUUUGCUACUACUGCUCCAUCUACAUCUGCUGCUAUCACUAUACAUCCCACUGGUUACGGCAGACAUAGCCUCUGAGAAGGAAGCUCUUCUUGUUUUUGCGUCUGCAGUCUACCAUGGAAACAAGCUCAAUUGGGGUCAAAAUAUCUCAGUGUGCUCGUGGCAUGGUGUAAAAUGUGCAGCGGAUCGAUCACGUAUAUCUGCCAUUAGGGUACCAGCUGCUGGGCUGAUUGGUGUAAUUCCUCCAAAUACUCUUGGCAAGAUUGCCUCCCUCCAAGUACUAAGCCUGAGGUCUAAUCGUUUGAGUGGGAGCCUUCCGUCUGAUAUCACUUCACUUCCUUCUUUACGUUCCAUAUUUCUUCAGCACAAUGAACUGUCAGGAUAUUUGCCUUCUUUUUCCUCUCCAGGCCUUGUUACCCUUGACCUGUCCUACAACGCCUUUACAGGACAAAUGCCUACAAGCUUGGAAAAUCUUACUCAAUUGUCUAUCCUGAAUUUGGCAGAAAAUUCUUUUUCCGGACCUAUACCUGAUCUCAAGCUUCCAAGCUUACGACAAUUAAAUCUGAGCAACAAUGACCUUAGUGGCUCAAUUCCUCCCUUCCUCCAAAUAUUUUCAAAUAGUUCAUUCUUGGGGAACCCUGGACUGUGUGGGCCGCCUCUAGCUGAAUGUUCCUUUGUUCCUUCACCAACACCCUCACCACAAUCGUCAUUACCGUCAUCACCAACAUUGCCACGUCGUGGGAAGAAAGUGGCUACUGGUUUUAUAAUUGCAGCUGCUGUUGGGGGCUUUGCUGUAUUUCUGCUAGCUGCUGUGCUGUUCACUGUGUGCUGUUCAAAGAGGAAGGAGAAGAAAGUAGAGGGAGUGGAUUACAACGGCAAGGGGGUAGAUGGUGCGAGGAUCGAGAAGCAUAAAGAGGAUGUCAGCAGUGGUGUCCAAAUGGCCGAGAAGAACAAGUUGGUUUUCUUGGAGGGAUGCAGUUACAACUUUAACUUGGAAGACUUACUCAGAGCUUCAGCAGAAGUCCUUGGCAAGGGGAGCUAUGGAACCGCCUACAAAGCUUUACUUGAGGAUGGCACUAUUGUGGUCGUUAAGAGGCUGAAAGAUGUUGUAGCAGGGAAGAAAGAAUUUGAGCAGCAGAUGGAGCUCAUUGGGAGGGUAGGCAAACAUGCGAACCUCGUGCCUCUUCGUGCUUACUACUACUCGAAGGAUGAAAAGCUUGUUGUUUAUGAGUAUGUUACUACUGGCAGCUUUUCGGCCAUGUUACACGGUAUUAAGGGUAUUGUUGAGAAGACCCCAUUAGACUGGAAUACCAGAAUGAAGAUUAUACUUGGAACAGCAUACGGAAUUGCUCACAUUCACGCAGAAGGCGGCCCCAAGAUCGCCCAUGGCAAUAUCAAGUCCACCAAUGUCCUCCUCGAUCAAGAUCACAAUACUUAUGUUUCAGACUAUGGGAUGAGCACCCUGAUGAGUCUCCCAAUCAGCACCUCCCGAGUUGUUGCUGGAUACCGUGCUCCGGAGACCUACGAAUCCAGGAAAUUCACCCACAAGUCUGAUGUCUACAGCUUUGGUGUUCUCCUCAUGGAGAUGCUGACCGGCAAAGCCCCACUCCAGUCACAAGGGCAGGAGGACGUCAUUGAUCUACCGAGAUGGGUGCAUUCCGUGGUUCGGGAGGAGUGGACCGCUGAAGUGUUCGAUGUUGCGCUGAUGAAGUACCAUAACAUAGAGGAUGAACUGGUGCAGAUGCUCCAGAUUGCCAUGGCGUGCACAUCACGGUUCCCGGAGCGGCGCCCAACAAUGGCAGAGGUGAUCAGGAUGACCGAGGAGCUCCGGCAAUCCGGUUCAGAGAGCCGCACCUCCUCCAAUGAGUACCUCAAGGAUUCCAGUCCUCCGUCGGCAUAGCGCUGGUGGUCUGUAUGUUCGUUCUCCUCCAAGUUGAAUCCAUGGUUUCUUUAGUGAAUCUGAGAGUUAAUCUCCCCAAUGUAGCUGAAAAGCUCAAGCACUGGCAUGUAUUCCAGGCGCAAGUGCUGCAUCCUUGCAACUGUACCAUCAUUCCAUGCACAAGUUAGUUGGUAGGUGGUUAACCUGUAUCUCUUUUUUUUUUGAACUUCUGUUGAGCUGUAUGCUUAAUACUCCUGCUGCCCACCGUGGUCAUGACCUCGGUAAUUGGUAACCAGAAAUUGUUGCUCUGGUAAAUCUUCUACAUUUUCUUAA